CUCCUUCAGCCAAGACCACACAAACACAAACUGAAACUGAAACAGAAACAGAGACACAAGCAUUGAAACUCUUCUUCCUCUUCCAUUUUGCUUGUCUUCCAUAUCAAGAUGGCAAUGGAGUCAAUCAACCCAAGAACUGGUUUCUGCCAACAAACCAAAACCUUUCACAGUCUCAGACCACCGACUCCAUUUCCACCACCCCAUCAGCCUCUCUCCAUCACCCAUUUCAUCCUCUCUCUCCUCCAGUCCUCCACCGUCCCCACCACUACCACCACCUACCUCACCAUCCCCUCCACAGGCGAGUCUAUAACUUACUCUCAAGCCAUCGACCAAAUUCACUCUCUUUCUUCAUCUCUCAAGAACCACUACUCUUUAAACAACAAGGACGUUGCUUUUAUCCUCUGCCCACCUUCCCUCCACGUCCCCGUUCUUUAUUUAUCUCUUAUGUACCUCGGUGUCAUCAUCUCUCCCGCCAAUCCGCUGAGUUCAGACUCCGAAUUGGCUCACCAAUUCCAACUCUGUAAACCCAAGAUCGCCUUUGCCACCUCCCAAACUGCCCACAAGCUUCCUUCCCUCCCUCUUGGCACCAUCCUCAUUGACUCCCCCGAGUUCACCUCCUUGUUGACUCAGCCCAAACCACAAGCCAAACAACCCCGGGUUGAAGUGAGUCAGUCUGACAUUGCGGCUAUUCUUUACUCCUCAGGCACAACAGGGCGAGUCAAAGGAGUGGCAUUGACUCACCGGAACUUAAUCGCUUUAAUCUCCGGUUUUCAUCACAACAUGAAAGAACCCGAACCGAAUCAACCUGAGCAACCUCCAGUUUCUCUGUUUAUAUUGCCUUUGUUUCAUGUUUUUGGGUUCUUUAUGUCAAUAAAUGCGUUCUCAAGAGGGGAGACUUUGGUCUUGAUGGAGAGAUUUGAUUUCGUACAAAUGUUGAAACAUGUAGAAAAAUAUAGAGUUACUUACAUGCCGGUGUCGCCACCGCUUAUUGUGGCGUUUGUGAAAUCGGAUCUGACUGAGAAGUAUGAUUUGAGUUCGCUAAGAUCACUUGGCUGCGGUGGCGCACCACUAGGGAAGGAGGUUGCUGAUAAGUUUAAAGAGAAAUUUCCACACGUUGAAAUAGUACAGGGAUAUGGGUUGACUGAGACUGGAGGAGGGGCAUCAAGGACUCUAGGACCAGAAGAGACUAGCCAGCAUGCUUCUGUCGGUCGCCUGUCUGAAAAUAUGGAAGCUAAAAUUGUUGAUCCUGAAACUGGAGAGUCCUUGGGUCCUGGCCAGAGAGGGGAGCUUUGGUUGCGAGGGCCAACUGUCAUGAAAGGUUAUGUAGGAGAUGAGAAGGCAACUGCGGAAACCUUACAUCCAGAAGGUUGGUUAAAGACUGGAGAUCUUUGUUAUUUUGACUCGGACGGGUUCCUUUACAUUGUUGAUAGGCUAAAGGAGUUGAUUAAAUACAAGGCAUUUCAGGUGCCCCCUGCUGAGUUGGAAAAGUUACUUCAGUCUAAUCCUGAAAUUGCUGAUGCUGCUGUGAUUCCGUAUCCUGAUGAAGAGGCGGGGCAAAUACCUAUGGCCUAUGUGGUGAGGAAACCAGGAAGCAAUAUUACUGAGGCUCAAAUCAUGGAUUCCAUUGCAAAACAGGUUGCACCAUACAAGAAGAUAAGACGAGUGGACUUCAUCAGUGCCAUUCCAAAAUCUCCCGCAGGAAAGAUCCUAAGGCGGGAGCUGGUCAAUCAUGCUCUCUCUGGUGCUUCGUCUAAAUUAUGAUCCAUUUAUUGAAAACAAUAAUUGCAUGAAGGCCAAAUGUCUAGCAGGGAAAUACAGGUCAAAAUUCUAAUAAUCUAUCCAAAGCUAGGAUCAAUCAUCAUCAGCUAGUCAUAGAUCCAGGCUCGAUCUGAGGAGAUUUCUGGCGGAGUCUGCUGAUCUCUUCGUUGAAUAUCAUGUUGUCCGAACCCACCUCAGGCCCCAUGAGGUUUUCCAUGCUUGUAAAAUAACAAUUCCACCCCCAGGGUAUUUUUUUGCAGACACUAUGCUGUUAAUUCAGACAUCUGAUAAUAAUAUUGAUGUUCAUUGUUCAUGAA